CUGUUAACGUUAGCAGCUAGUGGUUGUUCAUGGUGUAGCCGGGAUUCGAGGAGACUUUUCCCUCACUUUAAGCGUCAUAAAUAAACACGUAGCGGGUGUUUUGUGUUUGUUGUUGCUCGUCAGAAUGGGGAAAGCUGAUUUUCUCUCCCCGAAGGCGAUAGCCAACCGGAUAAAAUCAAAAGGGCUCCAGAAGCUGAGAUGGUAUUGUCAGAUGUGUCAAAAACAAUGCCGAGAUGAGAAUGGCUUCAAAUGUCACUGCAUGGCCGAGUCCCACCAGAGGCAGCUGCUGCUGGCCUCAGAGGACCCAAACAAGUUCAUGGACUACUUCUCUGAUGAGUUCAAAAACGACUUCAUUGAGCUGCUCAGCAGACGUUUCGGGACCAAGCGAGUGCACAACAACAUCAUUUACAAUGAAUACAUCAGCCACAGAGAGCACGUGCACAUGAACUCCACACAGUGGGAGACGCUCACCGACUUCACCAAGUGGCUGGGCAGAGAAGGUUUCUGCAAGGUGGACGAGACCCCUAAAGGCUGGUACGUCCAGUACAUCGACCGCGACCCGGAGACCAUCCGCCGCCAAGAGGAGCAGGCGAGGAAGAAGAAGCAGGACCUGGACGACGAGGAGAGGAGCGCCAAGUUCAUCGAGGAGCAGGUCCGCAGAGGCCGCGACGGCAAAGAGAUAGAGGAAAAUCCAGUUUUCACAGAGCUGAAACGUGAGAGUGAAGAAGAAAAAGUUGCUUUCAACAUGGGCGCCUCUUCAUCUGUCGCCGGGCCUUCCAAAUCGAGCUCUGCUCUGGGUGCUAGUGCCCUCAAAGCAGCAGCGUCCUCCACCAAGAGGAAAGACACCAGUUCAGACACCCGGAGCGAGAAGAAGAAGAAAUCUGCUCUGGAGGAGAUCAUGGAGAUGGAGGAGAAGAAGAGGAAGAAGCAGUCGGUCAGAACAGAUUACUGGCUGCAGCCCAACAUUGUGGUGAAAGUCGUCACCAAGCGACUGGGAGAGAAGUACCACAAGAAGAAGGCCGUCAUCAUGGAGGUGCGAGACAAAUAUGGAGCCGUGGUGAAGAUGAUCGACUCUGGAGACAAACUGAAACUGGACCAGAAUCACGUGGAGACGGUGAUACCUGCACCAGGUAAACUUGUUUUGAUCCUGAACGGUCCGCACAGAGACACUGAGGCUCUGCUGGAGGGAAUAGACGAGAAGAACUUCAGCGCAACACUCGCGCUCGAGUCUGUAAGUGUGUCCAGAGGCUCCUCCCACAUCUGUACCUGUCACGUGUUAGUCUUUGGUUUAUUAUCUACUGUACGUCUUUUUCUUUUGCCGACGUCUGCCAAAACGGCGUCACCCAAAUUAUAAAAAAGCAUAUUCUCAUUUUCCACUCGGGUUAUCUCACCAUGCAGAUAGUUUGGGUUUUGCUAUAAAAGUCUCUGAAACUUUCUUUGUGUAAUAUUAACACCAUAAAUAAAACCUGGCCAGAUUUAUUCAUAUGCAUCUACUGGUAAGGUAGAAAAUCAGCUUUUACUGAACAUAAAAUGAGCAAACAACCCUUUAAUCACUAGUCAGUUAGUGGUGAACUUAUUACUCUGUAUUCACACCACGUUAGACAGAAGAGUGUUCAGCUUUCCUCCCGCGUGAGAAUAAACUUCAAAAAGUCCCGAAAAUACAACUUGGACUAAAAUAUUUGAUAACACAAAUGCUGAUUAACAGCGGGCGGAAGUGACGGUUCUGGAGAUCGUUUAAACAUCUUCUGACUACAUUCAUGGUGAAGAAACUAUACAAUGUGAGACUUGACUUGUAAGAACUUGCAUUAGAGUUAUUUUUCGUCAUUAAAGUCUCAC